AUAUCCGACCGAGUGGAGUAUACGAUUUGUUCGUCUCUAUUGACCUUAAGAACUGUGAUAAUUUCUAAUUAUAUUAUUUAAUAUAAGGAUUUAAUAAGAUAAGACUUGUUAGUGCUAUUAGAAUUGUUACAUUAAUUAAAGAUGCCUGCUGUAGUUACAGUGAAUACUAACGUUUAUGAAGGACAAAAGCCGGGUACUAGUGGCUUACGAAAGAAAGUUAAAGUUUUUCUACAGGAAAAUUAUACAGAAAACUUUAUACAGAGUAUUCUAGAUGCAAAUAAAGAGGCUAUAGUGGGGUCAACGUUAGUCGUCGGCGGAGAUGGCCGAUACCUUGUAAAAGAAGUGGUUGACAAGAUUAUUAAGAUUUCUGCUGCUAAUGGGGUGUCAAAAUUGCUGGUGGGGCAAAAUGGCAUACUGUCAACACCUGCAGUUUCUUGCAUUAUUAGAAAAUAUAAGACCCUUGGUGGCAUCGUCCUGACCGCAUCUCACAAUCCUGGCGGUAUUAACAAUGAUUUCGGUAUCAAGUUCAACUGCAGCAAUGGCGGUCCGGCGCCCGAUCACACCACCAACGAGAUUUAUGCACUCACCACAGCCAUAAAACAGUACAAGAUCGUUCCAGAUCUCGUUGUCCCAAUCGAUAAGAUUGGUACACAAACUUUUAAUAUCGAUGGCCGUCAGUUCACAGUGGAGGUCAUUGACUCGGUGCAGGACUAUGUGGCGUACAUGAAGGAGAUAUUCGACUUUUCCAAGAUCAAGGCCCUGAUUCAAGGCUCAGAAAAACGAAGGCCUUUCAAUGUGCUCAUUGAUUCUAUGAACGGGGUCACGGGUCCAUACGUAAAAAGGAUCUUCGUGGACGAGCUCGGUGCCCUGGAGAGGAACAUACGCCGCGCGACCCCGCUGGAGGACUUCGGCGGGGCCCACCCGGACCCCAACCUGACGUACGCCGCUGAUCUGGUUGCUGCGGUCAAGAACGGUGACUACGACUUCGGCGCCGCCUUCGAUGGUGACGGUGAUCGAAACAUGAUAAUCGGUCGCGGUGCGUUCUUCGUGACGCCGUCAGAUUCACUGGCCGUGCUGGCGAACAAUCUGCAGCACAUUCCAUACUUCCAAAAAAGUGGAGUGCAGGGCUUCGCGCGGAGUAUGCCCACCGCCGCUGCAGUCGACCGCGUGGCUGCCGCUACUGGAAGGGAAAUCUUUGAAGUGCCCACUGGUUGGAAAUACUUCGGCAACCUGAUGGACGCUGGUCGCCUCUCCUUAUGCGGGGAAGAAAGCUUCGGUACUGGAUCAGACCAUAUCCGCGAGAAGGACGGGCUGUGGGCGGCGCUCGCUUGGCUGCAGGUCAUCGCAGCCCUCGGCCAGUCCGUAGAGGAGAUCCUCACGGCUCAUUGGCGACAGUUUGGACGCAACUAUUUCACCAGGUACGAUUAUGAAGAGUGCGCCAGUGACCCGUGCAACGAAAUGAUGCAAAUCCUAGAGAAGAAGAUCACGGAGCCAGGAUUCAUAGGGUCGUCGCACUCGAGCGGUGGGAAGACGUAUGUAGUGAAGUUAGCUGACAACUUCUCCUAUAUGGAUCCCAUCGACCGGAGUGUUGCCAUGAAGCAGGGACUACGCAUUAUAUUCGAGGACGGUUCUCGGAUUGUGUUGCGUUUAAGUGGUACCGGCAGCUCAGGAGCGACAGUACGAUUAUACAUAGAUUCCUACGAGGCGAAGGAGGUGCUGGGCGAUGCGCAGGUGAUGCUGCGGCCGCUGGUGGCCGUGGCCCUGCAGGUGUCGCGGCUGCAGGAGUACACGGGCCGGGACGCGCCCACCGUCAUCACGUAAACGCAUCUGUUGUUACUUUUUUAAACUUGGCAUAUUUGGUAAACAGUCUAAGAGUCGUAGUAUGUUAUUUUUAAAACUUUUUUUUUUAACGAAAUUAUAAACAUAGUAUAUAAAAUUCCCGUUACGUAGAUGUCCCGACCGUAGAUGGACCGUUAGCUUGAUUGCCAUUCUAAGUUAUAUAAAAAAGAAUUUGUAGCACUGAUAUUCUGCUGAUACCAUUCCGUACCGUCGAUAAUGAUGCGUCCUCAGCCUGAAAGGUCCAUUGAACUCUGCGAGAUAUACAAAGCAAAUCCAGACCUCUUAAACAAGGCAUAGACAAAUUUUUGGAUGGAAUCGCUUCAGCUAACGUUCACAUGAGAAGGAUCAACACAGUUGUCUCAUAUGCUCACUAGAGAUAACAAUCCUAUCAAUAGAUUCGUUUGUACUUUGUCUAAAGGGCCUGUUAUGAUUUGUCUAUGGCUUAAUCCCUUAGGAGUAAAAAUAAAACAUGUCAUGCUGAGUUUUAUUAGGCUGUUUACACGAUUAUAUAUAAAACUGAUUAAAUAAUUAAACAAUUUAUCAAUAAUUUAUCUGCGAUUAAGCGUACAUUGCAAUAAUUAAUUGCUUUGAUAAGAUCAUAAUUAACCAUUAAAAGAUUUUAAUGUAAUCAUUAAUGGGCUUCGUAGACGAUCAAUCGGUUACAAUCACUCACGUAUUUAUUAUUAUUUAUCAGAUAACGAAGGCGGAAUAGCUCCGUCUCUGUUUCACAAGCGAUAAUGGAUGUGUGAUUAAAUCAAGCUACUUGACCGUCUACAGGGUUAUUUUUAACUUUUUUUUUUUUAUAUAAAAUGUUCAAUCUAGAUGUAAAGUUUUUAUACUAUAGUGUAAAUAAGAGAUGAGAUAUUUUUCUUAAAUAUUGUUAAUACAUUUUGGUUUUUUAAAUUACGUUUUAAGUUGGGAACCAAACAAGAAUAGUGACUAGUUAAUUUUUUUUUGUUAAUAAUUAUUUGGGAAAAUUUACAUAUAGAUAUUAUUUGAGGAAACAAUUUCCUAACUGUUGUUUAUUUGUGAUGGAAAUUUGUUUGGUUGCCUUCACAUAUAGUAUAGGUAUAGGUUUUAAGGGCAGAAUUUUUAAUAAAUGGAUAUUACGGCAGCUUUGUUUAUUUAGGAUUUUUAUGUUUUGUCAAGAUAUAGUUUGAAAAACGGGGUGUCCUGUAAAAUAUGAGACAUCUAGUAGGCUUGAUGUUAAUACUACUGAAGUUGGGGUUGAUUCUUUGGGGUCAUUUCUUUAAACCUGUCUCUAAAAUUUAAAUCUUAGCUUAAUCUUUAUUCACGAACCAACAUGAACUAAAUUUCUAAAGGAUUCCAGUCAAUAUUAUUAUAAAUUUAUUUAUUAAUUUAAAUAAUUUUGUACAUUCACCUAUAAUAUAUAUAUAUAUAUAUAUAUAUAUAUAUAUAUAUAUAUAUAUAUAUAUAUAUAUAUAUAUAUAUAUAUAUAGGUUAUAACAGAAAUGUACACAGGCGGAUUUAUCCCUUAAAGGGAGUUCUUCCAGUUAACCAAUAAAAAAAUAGAAUGAAUUUAGUUUAUGACGAUUCAUAAAAUAAUAAUUUCAUGAAACUUUCAAAUUAAAAUAUGAGAUUAAUAGAUAAGUUUAGAGACAUUGCAACACAGAAUCGACUUCCAUUAAUAAUAAUAAUAAUAAAAAAAAAACUAUAUCAGCACUUACAUGUUUAAUUUUCUUAAAGAUUUAAAAAUGAAAUUGGCCAAAGAUGUUUAAAAUUGUUGUUUAUUAUAUAAUUAUAUUAUUACAUUACAUUAAUUGUUACAUAAUAUCUGAAUACAUUUUAACUUGUU